GAGCCACUGCACAGACUCUCCCAACACUCACAGUGGGACUGACACAGGAUGACCUGACGUUUAUUUGGUGCCAAACGCCUGUUCUUGUGGGAGGGAUUUUGACUUGACGUCUCUAUGUGAAACACUGGGAGUCAUGACAGACUUAUGGUUGAUUUCUGUCCCACUGGACAAGACCAGUUUAACCAGUGUAGAGAAACUCAAGCGCACCAUUGCCAAAACCAACCUGGCCUCCUGCUGCAAGUUCUCCAUUCCAGAUCUCAAGGUGGGAAUACUGGACAGUCUGCUCAGUAUGUCAGAUGAUCUCUCCAGGCUCGACACACUGACUGAAAGUGUGGUCAAAAAAACAUGUCAGUGUAUGAGGGAGGUGAUGGAGCAGUCUACUGACAAAGUGCUGGAAAACGCCUUAGCCAAUGGAGUGGACCUGAUGAGCUAUAUGACAAAGUUUCAGUGGGACAAAGCCAAGUAUCCCACAGCUCUGCCUCUCUCUAGCCUGGCAGAUAUCAUCAACAAGGAAGUUUCCCAGGUGGAGACAGAAUUGAAAUCUCAAGCUGCGGCGUACAACAGUGUGAAAACAAGCUUGCAAAGCCUUGAGCGCAAACAAGAUGGGAAUUUGCAAACUCGCAGUUUGAAUGACAUCGUAAGAAAAGAAGACCUGGUGGUGUCAGAGUACCUCACCACUCUACUGGUAGUGGUCACCAGAGGGAGCUACCUGCAGUGGGAAAGGACCUAUGAAUCUUUGUCAAAUUUUGUGGUUCCGCGGUCAAGCAGGAAGCUGUAUGAAGAUGGAGAGGCGGGAGUUUUCUCAGUUACACUUUUCAAAAGAGCUGUGUGUGAAUUCAAAGCCAAAGCCAAGGAGAGCAAGUUCACUGUGCGUGAGUACAGCUUUGAUCUGGAAGAGAAGAAGCAGCAGGAGAUGAAGCAGCUAAGUGUCCACAAGAAAGAACAAUAUGGAAUCUUUGUACGCUGGCUGAAGGUUAAUUUCAGUCAGGUGUUCAUUGCCUGGAUUCACUUGAAAGCUCUGAGGGUGUUUGUGGAAUCAGUCCUCAGGUAUGGAUUACCUGUGAACUAUCAGGCUCUUCUGCUGCAGACCGACCGGAAACGCUCGAAGAAACUCAGAGAAGAACUCGCCUCACUGUUCAUGCAUCUUGACCCCACUGCCACUGCCAGCAAGACCGAUGUAAACUGUGACAUCCCAGGACUCUCUCAGCAGGAGUACUUCUCCUACAUCUGCUUUUACAUCAACACCAAUUUGCUGGAGAUCAGCUAGCAGUCAGCAAAGAGAACCCACACAAUAACCAAGCAAUGAGGGCCCUGUCGCUCAUUCUGAAGCUGUUGUUCCAGGCCAGUUGCUCAGAGCCAGGCGCAGAAAGACCCUCAACACCAAAAUAAAAUAAAUCUAAUGAAGAAUGUAUCCUUCAAUGUCUUCUCAACAUUUCUCCUCAGUCAGAAAGAACUGGCUGCUUCAGACGGUGAUGUAAAUAAUCCUGUCAGGUUAACAGUGGAUGGAUUUGGGUUCUCUUCGCUACAGCGCCAGCUGCACACGGACUACACUUUGUGACAUGCUGCCCAUGGAAUUGUGGAACCAUUUAAAUACGUUUAAUAUCUAAAAAUGUUGUUCAGUGUUUUCUUCUGA